UAAGUACGGCUGGCGUGUGUCGGCAGCAGAGCAGACUCGACCUGCCCAAAGUAGCUUGGCACAGCGCACUCUCUUAUACUCGCGAGUGAUACAGCUGGUCAGUGGGACUUGCUCACUUCUGCGUGACUGUCGUAGGAUAUCUUUCACACUGGUUACAAUUUGAUCUAAACAUAAAGAAGCAGAAAUAUUUGCCAACGUCUCCAAAAGGAUAUAUUUUUUCUAUCUGCCGGAGGAGGUCAUUUAAUCCAAAAUGCCAGCCGACACCAUGGAGAAACAAACGGCAUCCCCUAUUGCUGGUGCACCUGCAAAUGCUUCCCAUACUCCAGACAAACCCAAGAAUGCCAGCGAGCAUAGAAAGUCCUCAAAGCCAAUCAUGGAGAAACGUAGGAGAGCGAGGAUAAACGAAAGCCUUGGCCAACUCAAGACGCUCAUCCUCGAUGCACUUAAAAAAGAUAGUUCCAGACAUUCUAAAUUGGAGAAAGCCGAUAUUCUGGAAAUGACAGUGAAGCAUUUACGGAAUUUACAGCGUGUGCAGAUGACUGCGUUGUCAGCAGACAAUACUGUCCUCAGUAAAUACCGGGCGGGAUUCAACGAAUGCAUGAACGAGGUCACUCGCUUCUUGUCCACCAGCGAGGGGGUGAACACGGAGAUAAAGUCGCGGCUUCUCAACCACCUGUCAGGUUCCCUAGGCCAGAUGAUCGCCAUGAACUACUCACAGCCAACCCCAACUCAACAGGCUCACCUUGCGCAGCCUCUUCACGUGCAGCUACCUUCUACCGUGCCCAGCAGUGUCUCUAUGGGUUCCAAACUCAGCACCGUGGAAGCCUUGUCUCCAAAAGUUUUCGGGGGGUUCCAGCUUGUGCCUGCCACCGAUGGACAGUUUGCCUUUCUUAUUCCCAACCCGGCAUUCGCCUCAGCAUCAACCCCAGUCAUCCCUCUGUAUGCUAACGCAGGUGUACCUAUGUCGGUUAACGCCAGUCCGGUCCACUGCAGCUCUGUGCCAACAGCAUCAUCCCCAGUCCAUGGGAUGACAUCAUUCGUCGGUGUUUCUCAGGCCGUCAGCCCUGUCGGUGUCAGCACUGGUUCGGAGAGCACUGAGGCUGUUUGGCGACCCUGGUAGUUUGGUUGAAAUGGACUCUACAAUUAUGAAAGUUAUUUUCAUUAAGUAAAUAGUUCCGUUCUAGGGGACAUCGUUUCAUUUGUUGGACACGGUAAACGUUUGUUUAAGUUAUUGGCUGAUUCCAAAAUUUGGAUGUUGGUGAUAAAUAUAGUGUCCAUGCAAUGGAAGAUUUAUUCAAAUGUUUGUGAUGAAGUACUUUUUAUGGAAAUAUUUAGUUUUGUACAAAGUUGAUAUUGAUUGUUAUACCAAAGCUGUGUUUUUAUAUUGUUUGUCGUUUAUGUUUGGAAAUUGAUGUUGGGCAGUGGCCCAUUGACCUAAUAAAUCAAUUGUCAGAAAUGAA